CGUACUAGCACUGCUUCUGAGCGCACCUCGACUCUCGAGGUUGUAUCGUGGCCCGUGAAAACAUCACGCCAAAAUUUGACAAUUUAUUUUUAAAUACAAGGCUAAGUCGUGACUUAUGAAAAUGACAAUAUACAGCAAAAUUGUUCAAAUAAUAUUGGUCAGUGUGUAAUGAAAUUAUAAAAAUCAAAAGUUAUGAACCUCACCGUUAAUUACAUGUCACAAUGACAGAAACUGUAGAAGCGGGUGCUGGUCUCGCUUGGCGAUUGCUGGCGACUCUAGAAGGUGGAUCGCUUUUAGCUGUAGCCACAUCCGCGCUAAUUGCUUACACUGCAAGACUGAAACUCACCAAACAGAAGCAAUACAAGACUGUUAACAGUGUUCUAAUAUCGAACACUACAAACACCUUAGGUCGUGAAUUAAAACGUAAACUAGAAAAUCAAGGCUGCAUCGUUUGUACAGACACAAGUGACACGCCAGGAGUUGAUAAAUUCGAUUCACUGGUAGUUAUCGGUAACGAAUCAGAAGCAGGAUUAGAUGGACUCCUAAAUUUGGUCUCUCAAGACGUUAACGAAAAUUUAAAUUUACUAGAGACGCUGUCCCAUGCUGUGAAAAGAGGGGGUUGCAUCGCAUGGGUGUGUACAGGAGAAGUCUCCGGCGCGUACGGAGGUGCGACCAGCGCCUUUGAUACAGUAGUGCGCGCAAGCCUGCAGCAUGUCGCUAAGAAUUCGUAUUGCGAACCUCUAUGGAUAGGGAGAUGCAGUACUACGGAGCUGGCAGUGGACAGGAUCCUCGCUGAACUCUUACCAUCUACUCAGCAUAGUCCUGGCUUCUCGAUCAGAAACGCCGCAAACAAAGUGAGCAUAUUCCUCGGAAGAUGGCUGAAAAUGGUCACAUAAUUUUUUAUAGCUAUAUUGAAUUAGUUUACAUGUGAUUGAUAUAUUCUGUAAAUAAUUAUAUUAAAUAAAUGACAUAAAUACGG